AUGUCGGACCAAUUGCGAUUCGACGGCCAGGUCGUUGUCGUCACCGGCGCGGGCGGCGGUCUCGGCAAGGCCUAUGCCACCUUUUUUGCAUCGCGCGGUGCUAGCGUCGUAGUAAACGAUCUCGGCGGGUCAUUCAAGGGCGAAGGUAACGACUCUAAGGCCGCUGAUGUCGUCGUCAACGAGAUCAAGGCUGCCGGCGGCAAGGCCGUCGCCAACUACGACAGUGUAGAGAAUGGUGACAAGAUUAUCGAGACGGCUAUCAAGGCCUACGGCCGCAUCGACAUCCUCAUCAACAAUGCCGGUAUUCUGCGCGACAUCAGCUUCAAGAACAUGAAGGACCAGGACUGGGACCUGAUCUUCAAGGUCCACGUCAAGGGCAGCUACAAGUGCUCCCGCGCCGCCUGGCCCUACUUCCGCAAGCAAAAGUACGGUCGCGUCAUCAACACGGCCUCGGCCGCCGGCCUGUUCGGCAACUUCGGCCAGGCCAACUACUCGGCUGCCAAGCUCGCCAUGGUUGGCUUCACCGAGACUCUCGCCAAGGAGGGCGCCAAGUACAACAUUGUCGCCAACGUCAUCGCCCCUGUGGCCGCUAGCCGUAUGACCGAGACCAUCAUGCCGCCGGAUGUCUUGGCCCUCAUGAAGCCUGAGUGGGUCGUGCCGCUCGUGGCCGUGCUGGUGCACAAGAACAACACGUCCGAGUCCGGCUCCAUCUUCGAAGUUGGCGGCGGCCACAUCGCCAAGCUCCGAUGGGAGCGGUCCUCUGGUCUGCUGUGCAAGUGCGACGACAGCUACACUCCCAGCGCUCUCAUCAAGAAGUGGGAUCGCGUGACCGACUUCUCCAACCCGCAGUAUCCCAGCGGUCCCAACGACUUCGUAACCCUUCUCGAGGACUCUCAAAAGCUCGGCCGCAACGAGCAGGGCGAGAAGAUUGAUUUCACUGGCCGGGUCGCUCUCGUCACCGGCGGCGGUGCGGGCAUCGGCCGUGCCUACUGCUUGGCUUUUGCCAAGGCUGGCGCUGCUGUCGUCGUCAACGACCUCGUGAACCCCGACGACGUCGUCAACGAGAUCAAGAAGCUGGGCGGCAAGGCCGUGGGUGCCAAGUUCUCGGCCGAAGACGGUGACGCGGUCGUCAAGACCGCCAUCGAUGCUUUCGGCCGGAUUGAUAUUGUUAUCAACAACGCUGGUAUCCUCAGGGACAAGGCUUUCACGAACAUGGAUGACAACCUGUGGGACCCCGUCAUGAAUGUGCACGCCCGCGGCACCUACAAGGUCACUAAAGCUGCUUGGCCUUACUUCCUGAAGCAGAAGUACGGCCGUGUUGUCAACACUACCUCGACCAGCGGUAUCUACGGCAACUUUGGACAGGCCAACUACGCUGCGGCGAAAUGUGCCAUUCUCGGCUUCUCGCGUGCCCUCGCACUCGAGGGUGCUAAGUACAACAUCUUCGUCAACACCAUCGCCCCUAAUGCAGGCACGGCCAUGACCAAGACCAUCCUUCCCGAGGAACUCGUACAGGCCUUCAAGCCCGAGUACAUCGCUCCUCUGGUGCUCGCUCUCAGCAGCGACAAGCUGCCCAACCCGACGGGCGGUCUGUACGAGGUCGGCAGCGGCUGGGUUGGCCAGACGAGGUGGCAGCGUACCGGCGGCCACGGCUUCCCCGUCGACGUGCCGCUGACCCCUGAGGCGGUCGUCAAGAACUGGGAGCCUAUCGUCACCUUCGAUAGCCGGGCUGACCACCCCGAGAAGACGCAAGACAGUCUGCAGAAGAUCAUGGCCAACAUGGAGAACCGGAGCGGCGAAGGAAAGAGCGCCGGUGGGAACCAGUAUCUCGAUGCCAUCCAGCAGGCGCUGAAGGCCGAGGGCAAGGGAACCGAGUUCAAGUUCACUGAGCGCGACGCGAUGCUGUACAAUAUCGGCAUCGGUGCCAAACGGACCGAUCUGCGCUACAUCUUCGAGGGUCACGAUGACUUCCAAGUCAUCCCCACUUUCGGCGUGAUCCCGCCCUUUGACGCCGAAACCCCCUACAACCUCGAUGACCUCGUCCCCAACUUCUCCCCCAUGAUGCUCCUCCACGGCGAGCAGUAUCUCGAAGUCAGGAAGUACCCGGUCCCCACCUCGGGCCGCCUGAUCUCGAAGGCCAAGCUGCUCGAGGUCGUCGACAAGGGCAACGCCGCCAUCGUCAAGUCGGGCGUGACCACGGUCAACGCCGAGACGGGUGAGGACGUCUUCUACAACGAGAUGACCGUCUUCCUCCGCGGCUGCGGCGGUUUCGGCGGGCAAAAGAAGCCCGCCGACCGCGGCGCCAGCACGGCUGCCAACAAGCCCCCCGCCCGCGCCCCCGACGCCGUCGUUGAGGAGAAGACCACCGAAGAGCAGGCCGCCGUGUACCGCCUGAGCGGCGACUACAACCCCCUCCACGUCGACCCCUCCUUCGCCAAGAUGGGCGGCUUCAAGCAGCCCAUCCUCCACGGCCUGUGCUUCUUCGGCUUCGCCGGCAAGGCCGUCUACGAGAAGUUUGGCGCCUUCAAGAACAUCAAGGUGCGCUUCGCGGGCACCGUCAACCCCGGCCAGACGCUGGUCACCGAGAUGUGGAAGGAGGAUGGCGGGAAGAAGGUCGUCUUCCAGACGCGCGUCAAGGAGACGGGGAAGUUGGCGAUUGGGGGCGCUGCUGCUGAGUUGGUUUAG